AUUCGUCCGUGUCCGAGCUUGAAAGAGUUUUGUUUACAAGAUGGAAGAAUUUAAAGCUUGUAAUCUGGACUACUUCCCUGAAAACAUUUUAAUUGACGUGUUGUCGUUUCUGAGUGUAAAGGAGCUGGUGAGAGCUGGAAGAGUCUGUAAGAGGUGGAAACGUCUAGUUAAAGACCAGAGGCUGUGGAGACUUGUCGACCUGACUGCAUGGAAAGGGGUGACAUCCCGUAUUCUCUGGCUCCUGCUGCGUCAGUACCUUGGGUGUGGACUGAGGUACCUACGGUUGCGGGGCUUGCUGCUUUCAGCCCGAGGUGGCAUAUUCCUCUCCGAGUCCUGGCUCAAAGCUCUGUCUUCAAAGUGCCCUCGCCUGAGCAAGCUCUACCUCCUCCAUGCAGACCUGAGGAGCCUGCCCGGUUGCCAAAGUCUACCUCCGUCUUUGCAGACACUGGAGCUGCAUGGGUGUGAGCUGCCUAGAGAGUUUUUUGACCAGACUCCUCCUUCACCUGUGUCUUCUCAAGCAACAUCGAGUGUUGGCACUCAGCAGAAAAGCGGGGAUCAGGAAGGGAAAGAGCUCGACUCUCCAUCAAGGAUUGGUAUCGAGAGGUUAGUCCUUAACAAUGUGCCCUCUUUCACGGACCAGCAUCUGCAGAGUCUGACAUCCUGGGAGAGGCUCAGUCGAUUGGAGCUGAAAGACACCUUUCGUGUGACGGCUAAUGGGCUCAGGAGCUGCGCUGCCAAGGAUGGUGCCCUCGGCGUGGAAGGGCUUUCAGGUCUCAAGUGUCUGGAGAUAGGCAUCACUGGGCGGCAAGGCUACCAGUUACAGAUGGCCUCCCUCGGACUGGGAUCAGGAUGGCUCGGCCUGGAGGAGCUGAGCCUGGGCGGUAAGGAGGUGGGGCCGGGCUUGCUCUGCGCGAGCCGUCUGAAAGACCUAAAACGUCUCUGCCUGUGGGCCUGCACGCUCAGUGAGAUGCAGAUAGUGCGGAGCUGCAGGAUGCUCCGUGGGCUCCGCAGGCUGGAGUUUCUGGACGUUGUCUUCCAGCCUCGGCAGUACCCGCUCGCGGCAGAGGAGGAGGGGGACGCUGGUAGAGAAGAGCAGGAGAAUGAGGAGGUUGCAGGUGAAGAUAACAGAAACGAGGAGAACAAAACACCUGAUAUGAGCGAUCCUAUUCCAAGUUUACAUCGCUCACUGGCUGUCUUAUUGCCAUCCUGCACUCUAGUUUUCACAAACUGCUCUGUUCAGAUCAGUACAGACUAAUGUAUGGAUAACAUGAAAAAGUAUUACAAUAGUUAUGUAAUAAAUACUCUGAUUUUAUUAUUGAGAAUAUUUAGGCUAAAGAAACAUAAUUUAUCGUAUUAGAAGAAAACCAGCUGAAAGAUUUUUGCAGACAUUUUCUCAUUAAGCAUUCAGCCAUCAUCACCAGCUAGGAGAGGAAUACUCACAUGUAUCUUAGGAAGUUUGCCUCCUAGAUAAGGGAAAUCUAGAAUACAUUCAGGGCCUUCAUUCACUGACUUCCAUGUCUGUAUUGAGAGGAUAUAUUUGAACUAUUUUUUAAAAGACUACUUUAAAUGGAGCUAUAUAUUGUGGUAAAGUACCCAGCAUUUUACAAUAAUAACUGCCAGUGUUGAGAGUUUUCACUCAAGUCUGGUACAUGCAGGAAAAAAUAACCCAUAAGCAUAGUUUUUAAACUUAAUGAGAGUGUGGAUGAACUGUAUAACUUUGAAUGUUAAACUAUAGAAACAUACACAGGUGCUGUAAACAAAUGCACAUAACUGGAGUGUACUGCCGGCUGUGAUCCACCUGUUUCCUGUUCUUUUUUAACAGUGUAUACGUUAAAAACAUUUCAGUUACCAGCAGGUGUUUGAGUAUUGUUGCAAAGACCAAACAAAAAAAUGCAAUUGAUCUUUGUCAGGUUUUUAUGGUCCGUAACUUUAGUAGUUUUCCUAACAAGAUUUUUAAAAUUGAAUAAGAAGGAGGAAUGAAUGAGGAGGAACAUCAGUGAUCUUUGUUUUUCACAUGAAUUGUGUUUCUCAAUCCAGUUUAAAAAAAAAAGUGAAGCUGUUAAUGAGAUGUUUUUAAAUAAACUUAUUUUGAACAAUCA